AUGCAGCACACAAACUAUACCAGGCCAACAGAGUUCCUAUUUAUUGGGUUCACAGAUUAUCUGCCAUUCAGAAUCAUGUUGUUCUUGGUGUUUCUCAUAGUGUAUACAUUGACUGUGGUUGGAAACAUGGGCCUAAUAAUCCUAGUUAAUAUUGACUUAAGUCUUCAAACCCCCAUGUAUCACUUUCUUAGCAAUUUGUCUUUUUUAGAUAUAAGCUAUUCUACAGCCAUUGCUUCAAAAAUGCUGGUAAAUUUCUUAGCUUCCAGGAAGAGCAUCUCUUUCUAUGGAUGUGCUGUACAGAUGUUUUUCUUUGCAUGCUUUGCAGAUGCCGAGUGUCUUAUCCUGGCUGCAAUGGCAUAUGACCGCUAUGCAGCCAUUUGUAACCCACUGCUUUAUUCUACUCUGGUGUCUCGAAGGGUCUGUUUCAGCCUUGUGAUACUGGCAUAUUUUAGUGGAAGUAUGACCUCACUGGUGCAUGUGUCCCUCACAUUUAUGCUUCCGUACUGUGGCUCCAAUAUUGUCAACCACUUUUUCUGUGACAUCCCUCCACUGCUUGCUUUAUCAUGUGCAGAUACCCAUAUUAAUGAGCUUCUGCUCUUUGCCUUAUGUGGCACAAUCCAGAUGAGCACCUUCAUGGUCAUCCUUAUCUCUUACUUCUGCAUCCUCAUCACUGUUUUGAACAUCAAGUCCUCAGGAGGCAGGAGCAAAACCUUCUCCACCUGUGCUUCCCAUCUCAUAGCUGUCACCUUGUUCUAUGGAACACUCCUGUUUAUGUACUUGCGUCCCACCACCAGCUAUUCUCCAGACACAGAUAAGGUGGUUGCUCUGUUUUACACUGUUGUCUUUCCUAUGUUGAAUCCAAUUAUUUAUAGCUUCAGAAACAAGGAUGUGAAAAAUGCAGUCAAAAAAUUAUUUGAAAAAAAGGGUAUCUUGAAAUGAA